CAGGCACGGGGGCGUUUACGUGCGAGUUUGCGGAGCGGUCUGUUGCGGUGAAUGCGUGAUUGAGGUCCCGCAGCGAAUCGUGCCCUUCUGGGGCUGGAGUGCACGAUACCGAGGAGCAGUCUGAACAGGGAGAUGUGAAGUCUAUUUCUGGGGGGCAUAUGUCCUCUCUGCCUUUCAUUUCCCUUAUGAUGCUCAUGGGAUAGGGAAGUUUUGUAUCCCACCACAGCCCCACCAUCCUACUGGAGUCUUUUGUGCCAAGAUUAAGUUGUGUUGAAGCAACAGAGAUGGGCAGCCCAGGCUGUGAAUUGGCUCUACCCAAGCCAGUGGAGUUGGUGGUGGACUCUAUGUGUUUAGAGUGCGGGCAACUGCAUCGGAACAGUGAGAACCACUUGUACAACUAUCGUCUGGAGGUGGAUGAUGACCUAGUGUGCCACAUCUGCCUGCAGCCUCUGGUGCAGCCUCUGGACACACCCUGUGGGCACACCUUCUGUGCCCGGUGCCUCCGCAGUUUCCUUCAGGACCGAGACUUCUGCCCCCUUGACAGGGCCCAUCUGCAGCUGCAAGCCUGCCGCCGCUCCAGCAUCCUGGUGCACAAGCUGUUGGAUAAGCUGUCUGUGUCGUGCCCUUUGACCCCAGUGUGCUCUCUCAGCAUGCCGCGAUGUGACCUGGAGGCUCAUCUCAAACACAGGUGUCCUGGGACAAGGUGCCAGCAGACUAGUGUGGACGGACCACGUAGUGAAAGUGGGGAUGAACAAGUAAUGGUGCCAAGCCCUCCCAGAUCACCACAGUCCCCACAGACUACCAUCAGAGAGGGCAGCCCCUCCCCACCCACCAGAACCAGUAAUGCCUCUAACAACGGGCCAGUGUGGACUGAAGACGCUGGCCUUGACAACCCUGCCUUUGAGGAGAGCACUGAAGAAGACAGUGUGGUGGGUUUGGAGUGUGUUGUCCCCAGGGUGAAGCGGCCCCUUAGUAACCCCUGCAUCCACCUCCUCCGCUCCGUCAGUUCCACCUCAUCUGGGUGGGACUGUCCCGAAUCACCACCCCUGUCAGCAGAAGAAGGCUGUGUGAAGCUGCCGUCUCUUCCUGAAGGGGAGAUUACGGCUAUAGAAGUACACCGUGCCAACCCGUAUGUGGAGCUGGGCAUCAGUAUCGUGGGGGGAAAUGAGACACCCCUCAUCAACAUUGUAAUUCAGGAAGUGUACAGAGAUGGAGUCAUUGCUCGAGAUGGGAGACUGCUCGCUGGGGAUCAGAUUCUACAGGUAAACAAUGUGGACAUCAGUAAUGUUCCACACAGUUUUGCCCGCUCUACUCUAGCUCGGCCUUGCACCACCCUGCAGCUGACUGUGCUGCGUGAGCGUCGCUGUGUUUCACGAGCCCAUCCAUCCUCCUCCUCCUCCUCCUCCACCCCUGCUGUGCCCCAGGCCCCCUGCUCCACCCCUGAGGGCAACCCGUCCAGCCCCACCACCCUGAGGAUCACUCUGCACAAGCGCGACUCCUCUGAGCAGCUGGGCAUCAAGCUGGUGCGGAGGACUGAUGAGUCAGGAGUGUUUGUGUUGGACCUUCUGGAUGGGGGACUGGCAGCAAAAGAUGGUCGACUGCGGAGCAAUGACAGAGUGUUUGCUGUGAACGACCAGGACCUGCGGCACGGCACCCCCGAACAGGCUGCACAGAUCAUUCAGGCAAGUGGAGAGCGUGUCCAUCUGCUUAUAGGACGGCCAAGCAAACCAUCCCCACCACCAAAAUCAAACUCUACCAGAGAUCUCUACUGCCUUGAACACUUCCUGCCAAGUCACAGCACCUCCUCAAGUCCUGUACCCUCACACCUUUCUCGCAGCAGCACCCACAGAGACAUGUCCAAAUGUCUUUCGUGUAAAGAGAAACACAUCACAGUAAAAAAGGAGCCCCAUGAAUCACUGGGCAUGACAGUUGCGGGAGGUCGUGGCAGUAAGAGUGGGGAGCUGCCAAUCUUUGUCACCAGUGUCCAGCCACAUGGCUGCCUAUCCCGGGAUGGAAGGAUCAAACGAGGGGACGUCCUCUUAAGCAUCAAUGGACAGGACCUGACCUGCCUGAGCCACAGUGAGGCCGUGGGGACUCUGAAGGCUUCUGCAGCAUCUCCGUCAGUGCAAUUGCGUGUGCUGGAGGUCAGUAUGGUGGAGGAACAUGACCAGCUGCUUCCGCACUCCCACGACAGUGACUUUGAUGCCAACUGGUCCCCCUCAUGGGUUAUGUGGCUUGGCCUGCCCAGUUACCUCCACAGCAGUCAUGAAAUUGUGCUGCGCAGGAGUCACCCUGGGAGUUGGGGCUUCAGUAUUGUUGGGGGAUAUGAGGAAAGCCAUGGAAACCAGGCCUUCUUCAUCAAAACCAUUGUCCUCGGGACACCAGCGUACUAUGAUGGACGCCUCAAGUGUGGAGACAUGAUUGUGGCAGUAAAUGGCCUGUCGACUGCGGGGAUGAGUCACUCUGCCUUAGUGCCCAUGUUGAAGGAACAGAGGAGCAGAGUGGCCCUUACAGUGGUGUCCUGGCCAGGCAGCCUGGUAUAGGCAUGGGUCUCUGGUCCCUCUGAACACGGUGGAGACCUGGCUGUGCUGGGUCUUAUUCAGGACCAAAAGCAUUGAGACUGUUUGAGCCACAGGACGGCAUGUCCAGGUGGACCUAUUCCAAAUUGUGCCACAUCAGACUGCAUUCACACUUAGCUGUGUUUGUUCCUCUUGUGGGGAGCAGGUAGUGCAACAGUUAGUUUGUGCUGUUCUCAUUUCACUGGGCAGUGCAGACCCAGGGCUCUGCAGGUGGAUGCACAGCUGACAGAACCACAGACAAGUGCUGUAUCCAACCCUGUCAGCCUCACCUGGGGCUCACUGCCCAAAGCCUCAUCAUGAACCAGCUCCUCACUCAGCUGCACUUUUAUA